AGAACAGAAACCCUUAUCUCUCUUUCUCUCCGACGCCGGAGUUCGACGCGAGAAGCAGAAGCCGCCGAUCUACAAUUUCGGUGCUUUCCACUAGUCUCCAUAUGCAAUUUGUAUAGACGUGUCUAUCGUAGCAACAAUUUAUUGGCUGUUUAUCAUCACACCUGCUUCGGCGACGGAGGUGGCGGUGGCCGGAGGACUUCUCUCCGAGGACGAGAAAAGAUGCUAGAAAUUCCCGCCACCGAUUCAUCAGCCACCGCCAACAUUGCUUCUGUUAAGCGAUAUGCACCUCCCAACCAGCGGAAUCGCUCUCUUGGAAGGCGCAAAUCUGGUAUAGAUCGUCUUGAAAGAGCAAAUAGUUACAGUAGUGAUGGAGAGAAGAACCAAAAUAGCAUAUUAAGAAAUAUGGCAAGUCUAGAUCACCAUGGGGACGCAGGUGGCAAUGGCCGCACUAAUGAGAAGCACCGUCCAAGUGGAUCAACCUUAAAUGUAAUAUCAUUAAAUGGGUGUUCCAAUAGUGAAGUUGUUCAGUUAUUGAAUGAUCGCUGGGUGGCUACCAUGAAUAUGUAUAAUACCUUGCCUGAAGGUUCACCGGAAAGGCCGGUCAUGUACACCAGAAAUGCAAUGCCUUGGAGACUUCCCCAUCAGAUGUCACUAGGGGCAGGGGUGGGGCCUUCGGCAGGGGUGCAGAGAGAUUUCUUAAGGGAAAUGUGGCAAGCGAUACACAGCCAGGAUUCGAGUUCCAAGUAACGACAAGUGCUAUAUAAGAUAUUUGUUGUAAUUUAUAUUUAUCACAAGCGUUACGACUUGUGUUACUUUGAAAAUGUGUGUGUAAACUUGUGUGGGAGAAAACAGAGUUUCCUGCCUCCCUUUCAUACACACAUAAAUGAAUGAUGCAAUAAUGUGUUUUUAGGGACAUGCCAUGGGGUGAUUGGAGUGUUUGCACAAUAUAUAGGAUUGUGCUUGAUGAUGAAAUACUCAUCCGUUCGGGUUUAAGUAUUGACUUUUUAUUUUGUUUUAAAAAAAACUCAUUUUAGGAUAUGAGAUUAAAAUUGAGUUGGAGUU